AUGAUACCCGAGCCAGCGGUGUCUGUUAACAAAGGCGAAGUUUCGAAGACAAAGAUGUCGGCCCACGAUCUACACAGGGCCCUGUCUGCCAUUCUCCUGAGCAAAGUGCAAGGAGACAAACAGUACACAGACGAUAUGAAUAGAUUAUUGAUGGAAUAUGUUUAUAGAGGGAGCAAUAUUACUUAUAGAGAACAGCCUAGCAACGUUAAUUAA